AUGAGCAAUGCGACUCCUGUGACAUUUAAUGCUAAGGGAAGGAAAUCUACCCGAAGCACACAGGGUGAGAACGAGAAUACUACCAAGGUCCCUGGAUAUUCAACCCCUAGGCGACUGCAGAGAUCUAUGACACAUUCAGGAGUGACUGAUACAGCUGUCCCAUUUAAGGCACAAUUGCACUCGCCUCCUUUGACAGGGUCUUCUCCAAACGUGAACACGUACAGCAGCAGGUCAACACCUGCAGCAACGGGACUACUUGGAUUCUACCAAGAUGCAAAAACAAUGUUUAGGCGUACAACUGAGCCACAUAGACUUAUUGGACGCGUUGCUGAGCGAGAGAUGAUCCAAACAUUCUGUAAGGAUCAUAUUCUGACAGCCAAGGCUGGGUCACUGUAUAUUUCAGGCCAACCUGGCACGGGAAAGACUGCACUGUUGAAAGAGAUUAUGCGGGAUAUGGAGCCUGAGAUGAAGGCUGCAGAGCACAGGAUUAAAACUGUGAUGGUUAACUGCAUGACGAUCAAAGAUCCGAAACUCGUUUAUAUGAAGCUAUUGCAGGAAUUAGGUUUGACUGUAGACAAGUCGAAAGACAAAGAAAAGGAUAUAACAGUCAAGGCGCUUGAAUCCCUUUUUCUUUCUUCCAAUGAUGCUAAAAAGAAUAAGCCCAUGUAUGUUGUCAUCCUGGACGAGAUUGAUCAACUGUUGACAAAGGAUCAGGAAGUACUCUAUAAACUCUUUGAAUGGUCUUCAAUGGAAGGCUCUAGAUUGACGCUGUUCGGCAUUGCUAACGCGCUCGAUAUGACAGAUCGAUUCCUGCCUCGACUCAAAGCCCGAAACUGUGAACCACAGCUGCUAAACUUCAAUCCAUAUCAAGUGGCAGAAAUCCGUGCUAUCAUCAUGGACCGUUUGUUCUCUCUGGAGGGAAAAGAUGCCGAUAGAGAUGAGAAGGAUGAGAAAGAGACAGCCACAAAGGUUCGUGUCGCACCAUUAAUGCAAAGGCCUGCCAUUGAACUCUGUGCGCGUAAGGUAGCAGCUGCGACAGGUGAUUUGAGAAAAGCGCUUGAUAUUUGCCGGCAAACAAUCGAGAUGGUAGAGAUAGAGGCCAAGAAGAAGGAACGUAUUGAAAAGCUGCAGCUAAAGCGCGGAGGCUCGCCUUUGUCAGAGAUCCGUUUGGCCAAUCUGGAAAACCAAGUUGCAGGAGGUGCGCUUGAUGCAGAUCACCUUACUAUCUCUCGUCGUCAAACGGGUUCAUUUGUGGACUCUAUGUCUGCAGGGUCAGGCGUCACAAUCCCUACUAUGACGACACCAAUGACGUCACCCAUGAGUUUACAAGACGCACCCAAGGUGACAGUGGAGCAUGUCAAAAGAGCUUUGGCGUCAGCGUUUGGAUCACCUGUAGUUCAGAAAAUGAAGGCGCUGAACGUUCAUCAAAAAAUUGUCCUAUCAGUAAUGGUGAUGAAGAUUCAAAGCGGCAAGGCAGCGGACUGUGAAGUUGGCAAGGUGUUUGAUCAUUAUACUGCGACAUGUCGAUCGAGUAAUAAGGUCAGCGCAGUCAAUCGGGGUGAGUACCAGGAUCUGAUCAAUAUGCUCGAGGCCAACGGUCUGAUCACACUAAGCAAGGCCAAAGAGGAGCGGCUACGCAAGAUUGGGUUGGUGCCUCGAGAAAGCGAAGUUCUGGAUGCAGUCAAGGGUCAGGACAUUUUGGACACUAUCCUAGCAAAAUCUGGCCUUAAGCUAGGCGAAUCGACAGAUGUGUAG